AGAACAGUUAUCCCCCAUUCCCCACGGGGGGAAAGAGAGAUUAGCAGAGGAAACAAACCCAGGCUCCCAGCUUGUAUAUGUAUAAAUACCCUAACCCCACCCAGCACCCAAGAACCGCAUAAUCGAGCAGGAAGGAGGCGCCUUUCCGGGGUUUUCCCUCUCCAACUCGGGGGCUUUUCCAUCCGGCGGCGGUUUCCGGCGAGAUUCUUUGACCCGGCCCGGUGGUUGUUUCCACUGAUUUCCGUCCGCUAUUCCUUCCUCGUUCUCGUUGGUUGCCUUACCUUCCCAUUCCCCUGAUCGGAGCCUGUCCCCGGCGGGCUCCUCGAGUGAGUUUACUGCCCGUUACUUGAGGGGAGAAAGAGCAGAAGGAACAGAGAACAGAAAUCUUGGGGGUUCUGAUCGGAUCCGAGGACGGGGCAAUGUGGUAGGAGCGGCCAUUACUGCCGGAGUUUGAUCCAUCCAAGGACAAGGAGGAGGCCGCUUUCUUUUUUGAAGCAGAGGCUCCCGAGGCGCCCGCCAUGCUGCGCAACAGAUCGAGAAGCAGGGCGGUUGGUGCUGGUGCCGGUGCCAACCAAGGAGGACCAGGCGGCGGCCUCAUGGCUGAGCUCCCCGCGGCCACUGCCGCCCAAUCGCCGAGGCAUCCUUCGUCCGCCUCUUCUGCUGCUGCCGCUCCUGUGUUCCCUUCCCCGAGGCCGUUCGUGGCGAUGGCGCUGCCGCCCCAGGCCGGGCUGCUGCUGGACGGGUCCUUCGAGGGCCCCUCGUCAGCGGUGAGCCCCACCUCCAUUCUCGAGACCAAGCAGUUCUGCUGCUCCGCGCUGCCUCCGUUCCUGUCGGAGAGGAGCCUCCGGCGGGCGCACACGGACGCAGCUGUGGCUCCGGAGCCGGCCGGCGUCGGCCUCGCCGACGUGCUCCGGGACCACGGGGACGCCAAGGUCGCCGGGGGCAAGGUGGUGUUCGGGUCCCAGCUCAGAAUCCAGGUCCCAUCCGGCAGGGCCGUCGAGCUGGUCUCCUCCCCGAUCGAGUUCGGCGCCAAGAACAGGGACGCGCAGCUCGCGGUGCUGUCGCCGGCCAGGAGGUUCCUGCCGGAGGUCGUGAGCUCGCCAUCCGCCCGGGUGUUCGCCGGCGGCGUGGCCGUUGUGCCUCCCGGGGAAAUGGCCAUGUCGGAGGACUACACCUGCGUCAUCUCCCGCGGACCGAAUCCGAGGACCACGCACAUCUUCGACGACUGCAUCGUCGAGAGCUGCGGGGAUUUGCUACUCGAGAAGGCUGACAAGGCCGCGUCCUUCGUCGCCGGCGGCGCAGCCGGGACGUGUGGCUUCUUGAGCUCUUGCCAUGCAUGCAACAAGCAACUCGGACAUGGCAAUGACAUCUUAAUCUAUGGAGGUGAUAAAGCAUUCUGCAGCAGUGAGUGCCGGUACCAGGAGAUGAUGCUUUUCGACGAAGCAGUGGACAAUUUGCGCUAGGCGAUGAAGGGAAAGGAGGGUGUGUUAGUGGAGGAGAAGAGAAGCCAUGAUGAUCCUGAAUAACCGAGACGAGAUUUCUUUCUUCUUCUUUUUUUGCCCCUUUCUUUUGUUUCCUUUCGUUCUGUCACCUUUGCGAGAUUGCAUGCUGUUUUUGGUCAUGGAGGAGGAGGAGGGAAUGAUUUAGUCUUUUGCGGAUUAAAGACCUUUGGCGCCCACUUUUGUAAGAGGUUGAAGAUUGAUGACCUGGGCUUCUUGUUCAUGCAACUUUCCCAGUUAGUUCCCAGCUAUGAUGCUCCUGUUCUGUGCUUCUUCGAAUGCUUGUCCAUGUGACUCACUCAUUCAGAGUGGAUUCUGAAGUAAAUUGAAAGAAAAAAAAAAACUUAGCUUC